GUCGGCGUAGAAGCGUAGAAAGAUACGGUACAUCACGUCUUCCUGUCUCCAAGGGCGUUUAUUCUUCACAGUGGCUUUGAAAGGAAGCACCGCUCUUCAAGAACCAUCGCCCGCCUCAUUCACCUAAACCUCCAUCAUUCAGACAUGCAACAACUGCCACAGGACAAACAAAAGACACAGCUGCAACGGUUCUACCGCCACGAACUCGAGGAGCUCGCUCAAACCAGGGAUGCUCUCAGAACAAAGUAUCGUCCAGACGAGUACAGCGAUUCAGGAUCGGACUACAAUAGCCUUAGUGAUCACGAUGGCGGCGACAGCGACAAAUAUCGGGUUGAAGCCGCAGAUAUGAGCACCCAUAUCCCAGCAUCCAACGUCGGAUACAAGCUCCUGCUCAAGAUGGGAUGGAAGGCUGGAACAGGGCUCGGACAAAAUGCCACAGGUAGGACGGCACCGAUCCCGAUCGAGAGAAAGCAGGACGUGCUGGGAUUAGGGAAGCAAGAAGUCGAUACUUGGUAUAAUGAAUCGAGCACUGCCAAGAGAAAGACCACCGAAGUUGAGCGACAGGCCGAGGAAACCGAAGAGGAGCGGAUCAAACGCGAGAAACAAGUGGAGCAAAAGCGGGCGAUUCAGGCAGAGCUCGAGAUGGUCAAGUCGGCGUUCUAUUGCGCACUUUGCGAUAAACAAUACGAACGCAUUUCCGAUUUCGAAGUUCAUCUCAGCUCAUACGAUCACAACCACAAAAAGAGAUGAAGGAUACUAGUCGCGCAGGAGCAGCGAGCACGACCAGCAAGAUCAAAGAAAAGGAGCGACGGAGAGAAGAAAGAGAGCUUGCGAAAAUGCAGGAGGCUGCAAUGAAGAGAGCGGGCA